UCUCUCUCUCUCUCUCUCUCUCUCUCUCUCCCGCGCGCGCGCUCUACCCUAGUAACAAAGCAUAGAAGCGGGCGUUUCUUGUUCUUGAAAGCAAAGCUCAACCUGUUCGACGAAAUGCCUGUGCGAUGCUGUCCCUGACCACUCCAAUCCAUUUCCGUUUCCAUUUUCCUCCAAAACCCGUUUCUCAUUUGAACAUCCCACCAAUAUGUCUUGUUUUAAACACCAGAAAGAGGGCUCAAGUUAGGAAAAAAAGCUUUACGGGGCAAAGUAGUGAUUUUGUUGGGUUUCUUGAACUGGGAAGGGGGGGAUUCUGGGAGAGUUCUUGGUGUUGUUGGUGUAAAGAAAGGUCGGCAAGAGAAGGAGAUAGUGAAUUGGAGGAGGAGAUAUUGGAGUUCAUGGAGAAAUCAGCUAAGCCUGGGUACUUUCCCACCAAGAAAGAGUUGGUGGAAGCAGGAAGACUGGAUUUGGUCGAGGCUAUAAAGAACAGGGCUGGAUGGUUUACUCUGGGUUGGGAGUCUGACGACGAGGGAAAUGAAGAACAGAAUGUUAAACGAGAUGAGGCGUUGAGGAUGGAUUUUGAUAUUAAGGAGUUUCAGAAGAGAGUUGAGACUUGUGAAGACGGUGGUUCCUUGAGAGAAAAUGAAGCUGGUUCUAGGCCUUCUUCAUCAGCUAGCAAUAGUUCCCUAUCUGAGGAAUCCUCAGCUUCAUCUAAUCAUUCUGCCUCCUCCUCUGGUAGACCAUUAGAAAUUGGGGUUGAGGAAGAUAGUGGGAUUGACGGCAUAUUGAGUCGUUUAGAGAAAGAAAGGAGUUCAUCUUUUGGUAUUAAUUUGGGGAUGCCUGAAUACCUAACUCAUGCUCCUGGGGAUAACGGUUACUUUGGAACCUCUAGAGAUGUAGACAGAAUGGACCCUGGAGAAAACAGCAGAUGUACAUCACACGGUCCUAAUGAAGGCAGAACUAGUAGUGCAGAUGGCAAUCACCAGCAUUAUACUAAGCCGGACACAUGGAGAAGUUGGAGUCUAAACCGUGCUGGUUUCAACAACACAGAAUUCGAAGCUGCAGAAAUUUCUUACAAUAAAAACCAAAUAGAAGAUAGCAGAGAAGCUUCAAAAUAUGAGAUCAUCAAACUGGCAGCAGAUGUUACUAAAGCUUUGGAUAAAUUGAAAGAGACAGACAAUACUCUAAUACAAACUCGUCUUCAGAACCUAGAACUGGAGCUUGCCUCUGCACUUAAUUCUUUGAGGUUCAAGAGUGAGGAAAUAAAUUCAAAGGAGGUUCUUGCAAACUCUUCCAGGGACUUGCAGACACUUUCUGAUGCAGUGGAGUUCCAGGAAAAUGAGUUAAUGAGUUCUCAGGAGAGAUUACGGUCAAUACGUGCAAAAUUGGCUGUUGUAGAAGGGAAAAUGGCAUUAGCAAUAAGGGAUGCAGAAAAGAUAUUGGAAGAGAAACAGAGGAGAAUUGAUGGUGCUUGUAAAACUUUGGCACUUCUUCGCACUGCCUACAUUGUUUGGCCUAGUUCAGCCUCAGAGGUUCUCUUAGCAGGAUCAUUUGAUGGUUGGACAACUCAGAGAAAGAUGGAAAAAUCGCAAACAGGUGUUUUUUCUGUCUGCCUGAGGCUGUAUCCCGGCAGAUAUGAGAUCAAAUUCAUUGUUGAUGGUAAAUGGAGAAUAGAUCCGCUGCGUCCCAUUGUAAAUAACAACGGAUAUGAGAAUAAUCUACUUAUAAUAACUUAGAAGAAAGCUCAAACUUGGGCAACCCUUGGUCUUGUGCGUGAGUCAGAGAUGAUACUGGGCUGGUUGAUUGUUGGAUGCACAGACCACUAGUUUUUCGACACCCUUUGGUCUUACACAAAUUUGUAAUACCACAAUUUUAGCUUUUACUUUGUAAUGAGUUUUCUCCCUAUUUCAAGUUUCAUUCAGUUCUGUACAUAAUUCGACUUCCAAGUUGGAAUCUUUCAUACAUAUUUUGAUC